AUGUCGGAAACAACACAUCCCGAUAUCACGUCAGUCGCGCCAAAGCCAGCAGAACCAGCCCUCCCACAACCACCUCCUCCCGCCCCAGUACCGCGCUACCUAAAGCAACGCACCGACUUCUCCGUCUUAGCAACGAAUCCGAAAUUCCAAGCGCUACUCAAAACACACCCAACACUACUCCCGUCACUCCAACGCGUAUACGCCAAGACGAUAAAGCCAGACCCCGAAGCUGAGAGUCGGCGGCGCAUGCUCGAACGGAACGCUUCCCGAGGACGAGGCAUGAGGGGAAGGGGCCGAGGUGCCUGGAGAGGUGGACGUGGAGGUUUUAAUGGAGGGCAGGAGAAGAAGGAAGAGUAUUGGACCCAGAAGAAGGGAGACAAGGACGCAAUGGAGGAGUUGAAGGGUAUAAGAGAAGGAGAGGGGAAAGAGGGAGAGAAAGACGCCAUGGCCGAGUUCGUUGGGUUGGUCGAAGAGCUCUUUGGGCAGCAUGAGAAGGAUGCGAUGGAAGACGUCUGA